UGAACUGUAACGUAGUGCAGUAAAAUACAAAAUAGUGUAUUUAUUGAAGUAUUGCAUUAAUCAUAAAUCUUACACUGUGUGCAAAAUCGUUCUGUACAUGUUAUUGCACAUCACAAAACUUGAUAAUUGCUAAAAAAUCGUGUAUAAAAGUUAUUCCCUAUCAACGGCAACAUAUAUCCAAGGUAUCUAAUAAAAUAUUAAUUUAAUUAACUUCAGCUUUAUUAAAGAAUGAACAUGAAUAUGUUGCAUUCGGACGCGAAGACCGCUCUCCAAGAUUGUUUUAUGGAUAAUAUACGCACAAUAAACCUUGAAGUUAUAUCAGAUAUUCAAAACGAUAUAGAUUACUAUGAUACAGUCUCAAUGGUAUUCUUGCUAUAUGAAGUCCCAGAUACUGCUCUGCAAAGGCUUAUUGUUUUUCAACGUGUUUAUAAAGAUACUAACAUGAAUUUAUUAUAUGACUGGGCUUUAAAUGUUCAGUCCCGACCUACAUGGAGAUAUGAAUUUUUAGAGGCACUCGCCAUUUGCCGGUUAUAUAAUGUAAUAAAGAAACUAGGUUUUGAUGUUCCCAGUGUCAAAGAACGAUAUAUGCCUGGCAAUAUAAAUGUCUGUGUAUACAUCAAUCCUAUGAAAAAAGUUCUUUAUAAAUUUUGUGAAAAUGUAACUGGUAAUACUCUUAUGAGAUUAAAAAAGUCCUUAAUAUCAUUUGAAAUUGAUACAUCUGAGCAUGAAACAUGUGAACUGAUAUGUUUAGAAAUGAUUUCCCAAAAGUUUAUAAUCCUUACUCAAAACAAUUCAGUGUCAAAGAGUAAGCAAUGUCAAGUUGAAAAACUUGUGCAGAUUGUUGAAAAUAUAUCUGGUUUGAGAAAAAUAGCAGAAGAUCUGAGAAUCAUUGCUAAUAAGAUUAAUAAUGACUCAAAUUUUUCAUCACCACAAGUAACAAGUACUCCAUAUAGUUCACCAUCAGAAAUUCAUAAAUCAAAAGCUAAGCUAAAAGAAGAUAAAUUUGACGAAAGUUUCUCUGAUGUAUUUAAAGCUUUGAAUGAAUUACAUAAAGAAGAUAUUUCUGUUAUAAACUUAAAGUCCGAUACAAAAAAUCUCACAAAGGAUGCUUACCCUAUUAAAAAUACUGAUAGAAUUGGUGUGUGUUGCAUUAUUAAUCAAGAAGAAUUUUACCCGUCAAAAGAUAGCAUUGAAAAUGAUUUUCAGACACAUAUGUUGGAUAAUCGUUUAGGUUCAACAAAAGAUCAACAAAGUCUGGAGCAUAUUAUGUCAUCACUCAAUUUUAAAAUAAAAAGCGCUCGUAAUGUGAACCAUAGAGAGAUGUUUAAGUUUAUCAGGGAUGUGAUAAAUAAUGAUGUUCGUCCAGACGACAGCAUUUUCAUGUUGUGUAUUUUAUCACAUGGUGUAAGAGGACAUGUGUAUGCAGCUGAUUCUGUAAAGGUGAAAGUAGAAGAUAUCCAGAACCUACUAGACUCUGAGGAUGCAAGUUAUUUACAUGGGAUGCCAAAAAUCCUAAUUCUGCAGGCAUGCCAAGUUGAUGAACAUCGAUCAAUGCCCCACUUGGUAGCUGAUGGACCGACAGCAAAUUAUUUUCUCAGAAAAUCUGAUUUUCUUAUAUACUGGGCCACUGCACCAGAAUAUGAAGCUUACAGAGAUGAGCAAAAGGGCUCAAUUUUUAUUCAAAGUUUAUGUUAUACAAUAGGUAAGAAGGCACAACAAGAACACUUGUAUGAAAUUUUUACAAAAGUGACAGAUUCUGUUUCUCGCAUUUGCAGUCGACUAAAACGGGCUCAGGUGCCAAUUUUUGAAUCAACAUUACGUAAAAAACUUUACUUGCAAAUGCCUCAAGCGCCAUAGUAGAUAUUUUGGCCUAUGCUAGUUAGAUUAAGGAAAUCUUGUUUAAUGUGACAAUAGCUUCAAGUGUUUAACAUUUUGGAAAAUUAAGAUUUUUUAAUAUCACAAGAUAAGUCUUAACAUUUUUGUAUAGCUUAAUUAUUAAUAUAACGUAUUUGUACAUGUUAUUUCUCUUUAGUAAAAUAAGUGCAGGAAAUUCAUGAUUUGUGCAAUAAAUUUACAUAAAUAUACAAGAAUUGUAUAAGCAAUAUUUAUAGAAAUUAAUGAUGU